AACUUAUUUUGGUGAGGGUUUGCUCUGGGCAUUUGAUUUGCCCAGUAGUUGAAAAGUGAACUCGACUCGUGAUGGUUCUCCUGUCACUUUGGUUGAUAGCAGCCGCUCUGGUAGAGGUUAGGACUUCAGCUGAUGGACAAGCUGGUAAUGAAGAAAUGGUGCAAAUAGAUUUACCAAUAAAGAGACAGAGAGAGUAUGAGCUGGUGACACCAGUCAGCACAAAUCUAGAAGGACACUAUCUCUCCCAUAUUCUUUCUGCAAAUCACAAGAAGAGGUCAACGAGGGACGUAUCCUCCAACUCUGAGCAAUUAUUUUUUAACAUCACAGCAUUUGGAAGAGAUUUUCAUCUACGACUGAAACCCAACACUCAGUUAGUAGCUCCUGGGGCAGUUGUGGAGUGGUAUGAGACAGCUCUGGUGCCUGGGAAUAUAACUGACCCCAUCAAUGAACAUCAACCAGGAGGUGCUUCUGAAAGAAUCUGGAAAACAGAGCCUUUGCAGACUAACUGUGCUUAUAUUGGUGACAUCAUGGACAUUCCAGGAACCUCUGUUGCCAUUAGCAACUGUGAUGGUCUGGCUGGAAUGAUAAAAAGUGAUAAUGAUGAGUAUUUCAUUGAACCCUUGGAAAGAGGUAAGCAAAUGGAAGAAGAAAAAGGAAGAAUUCAUGUUGUCUACAAGAGAUCAGCAGUGGGACAGGCUCCCACAGACAUGUCCAAAGACUUCCACUACACAGAGUCGGCUCUGGAAGGCCUUGAUGACCUAGGUACUAUUUACAACAACAUUGGCCAGCAGCUGAAUGAAACAAUGAGGCGUCGCAGACAUGCAGGAGAAAACGAUUACAACAUUGAGGUGCUGCUGGGCGUGGAUGACUCUGUGGUUCGUUUUCAUGGCAAAGAGCAUGUCCAAAACUACCUCCUCACCCUGAUGAACAUUGUGAAUGAAAUUUAUCAUGAUGAGUCCCUUGGAGUCCAUAUAAAUGUGGUCCUGGUGCGCAUGAUAAUGCUGGGUUAUGCAAAGUCUAUCAGCCUCAUAGAAAGGGGAAACCCCUCCAGGAGCUUGGAGAAUGUGUGUCGCUGGGCUUGCCAACAACAAAAAUCUGAUCCCAACCACUCUGAACACCAUGAUCAUGCAAUUUUCUUAACCAGGCAAGACUUUGGACCUGCUGGAAUGCAAGGAUAUGCUCCAGUCACAGGCAUGUGUCAUCCCGUGAGAAGUUGUACUCUGAAUCAUGAGGAUGGUUUUUCAUCUGCUUUUGUAGUAGCCCAUGAAACUGGCCAUGUGUUGGGAAUGGAACACGACGGACAAGGCAACAGAUGUGGUGACGAGACAGCCAUGGGGAGUGUCAUGGCGCCUUUGGUGCAAGCAGCGUUUCAUCGUUACCAUUGGUCCCGAUGCAGUGGCCAGGAAUUGAAAAGAUACAUCCAUUCCUAUGACUGUCUCCUCGAUGACCCUUUUGAACACGAUUGGCCCAAACUCCCAGAACUUCCUGGAAUCAAUUACUCUAUGGAUGAACAAUGUCGUUUUGACUUUGGGGUUGGUUAUAAAAUGUGUACUGCGUUCCGAACCUUUGACCCAUGCAAACAACUGUGGUGUAGUCAUCCUGAUAAUCCCUACUUUUGUAAGACUAAAAAGGGUCCCCCACUGGAUGGAACUGAAUGUGCUGCUGGAAAAUGGUGCUAUAAGGGCCACUGCAUGUGGAAGAACGCCAAUCAGCAAAAACAAGAUGGCAGCUGGGGAUCAUGGACCAAGUUUGGCUCCUGUUCCCGGACUUGCGGAACUGGUGUUCGUUUCAGAACACGCCAGUGCAAUAAUCCAAUGCCCAUCAAUGGUGGUCAGGAUUGUCCUGGUGUUAAUUUUGAGUACCAGCUUUGUAACACAGAAGAAUGCCAAAAGCACUUUGAGGACUUCAGAGCCCAGCAGUGCCAACAGCGUAACUCCCACUUUGAAUACCAGAGCACCAAACACCACUGGUUGCCAUAUGAACAUCCUGAGUCCAAGAAAAGAUGCCACCUUUACUGUCAAUCCAAAGAGAGUGGCGACGUCGCUUACAUGAAGCAGCUGGUGCAUGAUGGAACGCGCUGCUCGUACAAAGACCCUUACAGCAUAUGUGUGCGAGGAGAGUGUGUGAAAGUGGGCUGUGAUAAAGAAAUCGGUUCUAACAAGGUUGAAGACAAGUGUGGAGUCUGUGGAGGUGAUAAUUCCCAUUGUCGGACUGUAAAGGGGACAUUCACCAGGACACCAAGGAAACUUGGGUACCUUAAGAUGUUUGAUAUACCCCCUGGUGCUAGACAUGUGUUAAUCCAAGAAGACGAGGCUUCUCCUCAUAUUCUUGCUAUUAAGAACCAGGCUACAGGCCAUUAUAUUUUAAAUGGCAAAGGAGAGGAAGCUAAGUCUCGAACCUUCAUAGAUCUUGGUGUGGAAUGGGAUUAUAACAUCGAGGAUGAUAUUGAAACUCUUCACACCGAUGGACCUUUACAUGAUCCUGUUAUUGUUUUGAUUAUACCCCAGGAGAACGACACCCGCUCCAGCCUGACAUAUAAGUAUAUCAUCCACGAAGACUCAGCACCAACAAUCAGCAACAACAAUGUCAUCCAGGAAGAAGUGGACACUUUUGAGUGGGCUUUGAAGAGCUGGUCACAAUGUUCCAAACCCUGCGGUGGAGGUUUCCAGUAUACUAAAUAUGGGUGUCGCAGAAAAAGUGAUAAUAAAAUGGUUCAUCGGAAUUUCUGUGAGGCCAACAAAAAACCAAAACCUAUUAGAAGAAUAUGCAAUAUUCAAGAGUGUACACAUCCACUCUGGGUAGCGGAAGAGUGGGAGCACUGCACCAAAACCUGUGGGAGCUCGGGUUAUCAGCUUCGCACCGUCCGCUGCCUUCAGCCUCUCCACGAUGGCACCAACCGCUCUGUGCACAGCAAGUACUGCGUGGGGGACCGGCCCGAGAGCCGCCGGCCUUGUAACCGCCUGCCCUGCCCAGCGCAGUGGAAAACAGGACCCUGGAAUGAGUGUUCGGUGACCUGUGGUGAAGGGACGGAGGUGAGGCAGGUCUUGUGCAGGGCUGGGGACCUCUGUGAAGGUGAAAAGCCAGAGUCAGUAAGAACCUGUCAGCUGCCUCCCUGCCAUGAUGAGCCAUGUCUGGGAGAUAAAUCAAUAUUCUGUCAAAUGGAGGUGCUGGCCCGCUACUGCUCCAUACCAGGUUAUAACAAAUUAUGCUGUGAGUCAUGUAGCAAGCACAGCAGCACCCUGCCACCCCCAUACCUUCCAGAAGCUGCUGAAACGCAUGAUGAUGCUAUCUUUAACCCCAGUGACCUCCCUGGAUCACUCAUGAUGCCGACAUCUUUGGUUCCAUACCACUCAGAGACUCCUGCUGACAAGAAGAAAUCUUUGAGUAGGAUCUCAUCAGUGGGAGGUUCAGAUGCAUACGCUGCUUUUAGGCCAGGUAGUAAACCUGAUGGUGCUAACUUACCCCAGAGGAGAGCUCAGCCAACUGCAAGCAAGACUCCGAGACUGGCCUCCUCACCCACCAAGGGUGACCACCUCAAUUCAUCUUCACACAUGGCUGCGGCCCCUUUCCUUGCAGUCAGUGAUUCCUUAGGUGCUGCUGCUUCUCAGGCAAGAACCUCAAAGAAGGAUGAAAAACUUAUUGACAAGAGACGCCCAAUAAGAUCAUCCACCUUAGAAAGAUGAGAACAUGAACUGAAAAGACUGAAUGUAAGAGGAAAAUCUGGACAAGCUCCCCCUGCCCGUGGUACACCGCCUGUUUUAAGUAGAACUCUCUAUAGUCAGCUCAUUCUACCCAUAAGUGGAAGAACAAAAAGUGCUGGUUCACUUUCUAAUUGCUUUCGUCCUCCUUUUAUUCUGCAUUGACUCAUUUCCCAGAAAUCAUUGGAAGAAAAGCACCAAAGAUUAUUAACAGAAGGAAAGUAACUCUCUAAAGCAGAAAAGGGACUGGAACCAAUUAUGCAUAUCAGCUGAUUUUUUGUUUUAAAAAAGUUACAGUAGAAAUAAGAAAGAGGUGCCAAUGGUUUACACUUUAACAAAAGGUUUUGAAAAUAGAACAAAAAAUUCUUAGACUUGCAUUCCUAUUUAUCUAUAUUAGAAACAUUGUAUGAGCAGUUUUGCAGCUAUUGUGUAAAUACUGUAUAUUGCAAAAAUCAGUAUUAUUUUAAGAGAUGUGUUCUCAAAUGAUUGUUUACUAUAUUACAUUUCUGGAUGUUCUAGGUGCCUGUCAUUGAGUAUUGCCUUAUUUGACAUUCUAUGAGUUGAUUUUCAAAGCAGAAUAUUACAGAGAAGAAAUCAGACUUUCAGCUACUGAUUAUACAAAGGGUUUUGUCGUGUGGUUUGUUUAAUCAACACCAUGACACCUGUAAUACAGAAAGAGAAAAAACAUAAGCUGCAGAUAUACAGAUUUUUGUCUUACUUAUUACCCUCCAUUCUUUAAAUAAAAUAGAAUAGGAUCGAUGUCUUAGUAUACUUUUGGUCAUAGGAAACAUACCGAUAAAAAGCCUGUUCAGGACAAAGCUAACACUUUCUUAUCAGGACCUCAAAAGAUGCUAUUGAAGUGCUCUGUGUUCUUUGUUUUUAUUUCCUCAUUGUUGACAUAUACAAAAGGAUAUACUCAGUGUACUGUAAUUAUAACAGAGGAAAAGGAUCGUUUGUUUGAUUAUUGGUAGCUGAGAUAAGCAUCAUAAAAUCAGAAUUGAUACUCAAGGAUACGGUAGGGUUUUGGAAGCAGGUUCAAGACAGCAUUUGUCAAUGGUUGCGAUAUUUAUUUUCCGCAUGGUUCAUAUUCAAAUGUUCACAACCACAAUGCAUCUGACUGCAAUAAUGUGCUAGUAAUUUAUGUCAGUGGUCGUCUUGCUCACAGUGAAGCCAGAAAUGCUCUCUCCAGGGAGUAGAUGUAAAGUAUUGUAUAUAGAAUUCAGAACUGAAGAUAUUUAUUGAAUGUUGAUUUUUUUUCUUGAUAGUAUUUUUAUGUACUAAAUAUUUACGCUAAUAUCAAUGACAUAUUUUGGUAAACUAGAGAGACCUAAUUAGAGAUGCAUGCUUUGUUCUGUGCAUAGAGAAGAAAUAUAAGCAAACUAAGGCAGCCAAAUUGAAAAGCUAAAGUUGAACAAAUUUGAUGUUAUGCAUUUUUAGAGUAGUUGAUACAAAAUUGAUGAUAUGUUCCCUUUCAAUGGAAAGGUAAAAUAGUAUGGACUCAGAUAGCUAGCUAUUUAAUGAUAGUAAAUUAGAAACAUUUAAAAGAUAUGUGAAAUAGAUAAGGACUCAUGAAUUACACUUAAAUGAAAAAUGAAAGAUGCAUUGUUCCAUAACGUUUUUGACUUCAGCUCCUAAACUGUCCAAAAGUUAUUUUGGAAAAUAAAAUGUAGACAUGCUAACCUCUCAAAGCACAGAAUGUGCAGACUUCUGCAGUUUUAAUAAUGGUAAACUCACAGCUUCACCUGUUGACUCUCUAUACCUCUAAAGAAUAGCUGCUACUUUAUGCAAGACUUUUGAAAGUCACAUGAAUUAGGUGAAUUCAUUAACCAAUCCCAGAUUCUCAAGUAGAAGUCUUUUUAAUUUUUUUUUCUAAAAUUUUCCCCAGGAUGAAAUUCUCUCUAGUUUGCUUGUGUGUGCAUAUGUCUAUAUCACCAGGGGAAUAUUAGAGAAAGCUGGUCUCACACAUACACCUCCCUUAAGGAUGUACAUACUCGUUUCACUGCUGAUCAUUGGGCUUCCUUUGCUACUAAGCUAAAAAUCCCUUUUUAUCAAAGUGUACACUACUGAUGCUGUUUGUUGUAUUGGGAGCACGUAGCAAUAAAAAUGUUA